AUGAAGCCUACACAGUCCCUCGCCAGGAAGCUCACACGCCUGGCGCUGAAUACCAAGAACACGAAUAAAGGAUACUACAAGGGAACUGGUUCUGGUUCGAUGGGUUCGCACACGAAACAUGGAGGAUAUAUCAUCGACUGGGCCAAAGUCAGGACAUAUGUUGUGCCUGACCUCAGGAACUUCAAGGUAGGUCAUCCCGCUUGAAGCUGGACUGGAUCGGGCGUGCAGCAGCAGUGGAAUGGCGGCUGAUGGAGGACAGCUCACCCCAUUCGUGACGAGGACAAUCGCUUCACCCAGAGGCCGCUUCGAUGGAGAUCCCAAAGGAGGACUCAGUGGCAAGCGAUACAUCCAGAAGUGGAAGGAGGAGAAUGCGGAGACUUGA